GUCUCGUGCGUGCUCGUCACAUCCGAGAAAUCGGGUCCCCGUGCUCCUCUGCCGCAUACCUCGCGAACGGCGGCACCGGCACCGGCACCGCAUGCCGCACGGCUGAAUCAGGGGAGGAUAGGGAUUCGGGAGAUGGCGAAGCGGCUGCGCGCGGCGGCGCUGCCGUGGGGGGAGUCGCUGGGCUCGCCGGCCAACGGACUGGACGACGGCUGCCUCAUGCAUAUCUUCAGCUUCCUCAGCCCGAUCCCAGAUAGGUAUAACACCGCCCUCGUUUGCCACAGAUGGCGCUUCCUUGCAUGCCAUCCUCGGUUAUGGUUGCGUGUUGAGAGACCACUCAGAAAUGUUACGGAGCCUGGAGUUUAUGCAAACCUUGAGGCUGCUGUUUCUGCUGCCAGGCCUGGUGACACUAUUCUAAUUGCUGCUGGUGGCAAUUAUGUCGCGUCUAACAUCCAAAUAAAGAAGCCUCUUUGCAUUAUCGGUUCGGGUGUGCUUCCUGAUGACACUGUAUUAACAUGUUCCCGUGGCUCCGAGAAUGCUUUGGAGCUCCUUUCCACCUGCAAGAUUGCCAAUCUCACUAUUAGGGCAGAGCUCGGAUGCUGCUUGCUUCAUCGAAGCGGUAAAUUAACUAUAGAGGAGUGCUUGCUGCAGUGCGAGCAAAACCCUAUGGACUAUCUAUCCUUCCCAAUAAUCAGCACCGCUAUCGAGUACGACGCAUUCUCGCCGCUCAAAGAGCAAGGGCAUGGCGUAACCGUUGUCCGCACCCGGAUCGAAGGGGGUGCGAAGGCCGUUAGGACCAACGGGACGCUGUCCCUGCAGCGCGUGCGGGCCAUCUAUGCCCGCAGGUCCGUUUUCUUCUGGUUUGAAGUAGGAGAAAAGUAGGGAAUCACUGUAAACUGGAGUAUCAAUGUUCUUGUGCUUGUAUCACCCCAGUGGUUCAGCAAACCCUUGUAUCAUGGCUGUACACCGUCUGUUGUAACCUGUGAUAAAUAGAAGUGAACUCUGUUGUAACCUAUGAUAAGUAAAACUUUGCAUUUGGAUUAUGAAGUGUCA